AAUCCCUAGGUUACGUGUGAACCUAACCUAUGGUCAGGUUAGGUUACGUGUGAACCGAUGAGCGUUGGCAGGCGUUAUUUGCCGUCGAUUUUCGUGAGCAUACGCGACAGGAAGGGACCUGGGGACGAUCGGGCCUCGGCGAGGGAUAAACGGGGACCGGCCACGCCGCGACUUGCCCGGCUAUGUUUCGACGCGUGUUCACGUCGAGCUCGCGCAGUGUAUCGAUAAGCGAUGAAAGUAAAAGGGGACCGUAGAAAGAAAGAUGAAUAAAACCAAACUGUUGCAGCUGCUAUCUCGACUGUGGAACGGAUCCAAUGGCGUGCUCGCGGGCGAGCAUGCCGAGCAGAAGAUGAUAUCCAUCCUGAGGAACAGAUUCCCACAGGCUCAACUGAUCGAAGUUACCGAUGUGUCAGGAGGUUGCGGCGCUAUGUUCGACAUAAAUGUCGUCGCCCCAGAGUUCAAGGGGCUGAAUACUGUAAAACAGCAUCGAAUCAUUAACGAGGUUCUUAAAGAAGAAAUCAGAGAUAUGCAUGGCCUCCGAAUACGUACGAGUAUUCCGCAGACGUAAAUUUUAGCUCGAGCAAUCGUUACGUUAAUUUUACAGGAGACAAUGUGUCUAAUGUUGAUUUUACUGUAGCUAUUAAUGGACAUUCCUAAAUUCCCCUCUCAAAAGUCUUCGAGGUAUCUAUUCAAGAAUUUUUAAAAAAUUUCUUCACUUCGAUCGAAACAUUCGGAACAAUCCUAGAUUUUCGCAUGUCUGAAAGAAUUUGUUGUAUAACGAAUCCAUUAUUAGCUCGUGUAUUCAAGAUCUGGAAAUCUUGUGUGAGAUACAGAGGACGUGUAUAUUUUAUAGAAUGUAAAGUUUGUAAAAAUAAAUAUUGUAAAAAGCA